GACGUCCCCUUACUUCCAAGAUCCAUAACAAACAAGGCUAGUAUAAGACUUUCAGAUCGCCCAGGGACAGCAUCUUUAAGUGUUUCUUGCAUCCUCUUUUGGUGCCUGUCAAGGAUCUUGAUCUGUUUCUUGGCGUGGCUAAACAGUCUGCAGUGCUGCACGCACAGUAAUUUAAAUCGUGGUCGACUAUCUCCUGGGUUUACUCCGUGUCGAAAGGAACAUGGCACUGACCUCGUCCGACCCCGAGGCCGCGCCCUUCCACGUGGAGGACGCCAAGCCACGCACGGCGCGCCGGAACCUCUUCGGGCCCGUGGACCAUCAGCAGCUGCAGCAGGACUUCCAGCAGCUGCUGUGCAUGAGCGUGGAGGAGGCUACGCGACGGUGGAACUUCGACUUCCAGCGCGAGCGGCCCAUGCAGGGCGCCACCGAGUGGGAAGAGCUGCGUUGCUGGGACGUUCCCAAGUUUUACCGCAGCUGCGUGGUGAAGGGUGGCUGUGUAGGGUCCAGGCCGGAGCUCUUUGGGGAGGAACGGGGUCCCAGCAGCCCACCCGCGGGAGGCUACCUGGAGAUAAAGGCCAGGGAGACGUACCGGAACCGCAAGCCGGAGAAACGGUCACCUGCCCCGGAUGCACUCAACCAGAAGCAGGCCACCAUUACAGACUUCUUCACCGUGAAGAAGAGGCGACUCCUCCACCCGAAAGCCUCCACCCACCAGUAGAGGGCACCUUGCAGAGACAGAGGGAAUCAUGGAGCCAUGGUCACGGCAGUCUUUGUACAUAGGCCUGUGUAUAUACUUCCUGUGUAUAUACUUCCUGUAUAUGUAUCAAAUCUAACUGACAGUGCGAGUCCAUAUACUGUAAUAUAGGCUUCAAAAUGGCACAGAAACCCAUUUAACAACAACAAAGAAAAAAAAAAUCUAUGUGGAACCUUUCAGGGGGUCUUUCCUGCACAGCGAGACCUCAGAAUGUUUUAUUUUUUUGCAAUAUUUCCCCCACAUAUACUGUGAAAAAAAAGCACCUUGAUUUUUCAGAAAACAGUACAGUUUUAAAACGAUUAAAGGAUACAUGUCCUUUUUGCAUUCCCGAGAUUUAAACCUGGGCACAGCACCGAAUUAAGAACUCCAUUACCCAGGCUGCAUCUAGGUCAUCUGCUCAUUCUGACAGGUGCCUAAUAUGUCUGAAGUUUCACGCUGAGUUUAUAACUCCUGCACACAAUUACCAGUCGACUGCAAAGUCAGAACCUUUACCCAAGUCUGAGACUAGACUGCAUGACUGCAAAUUUACGGCGAAUUCCAGCCGCAGUUCAGACAGUCCAGGCGCCGGUGCCCUUGCAAUGCGGCCUGGGAGAUCCCACUCACAAAGUUGUAUAUAUAGUGUAUAUAAGAGGUAUUUUAGAUAUCCUCAUUGAUAGCUGAGCCAUUCCUCUUGACACAUACUGAAUAUGUCGUGACUCCAUAAUUCCUGAGUUGCGCCAGGUGUGUCAGUGUUUAGUGUUGGGCCAUGUAGCUACAGAGGCCACUGGGCACUUUUCAGUCCCUCUACUACAUGCAUUUCACAGUGGAGGUGGCAGACACCGAGCUCCAAGCCACCAGACUAGAAAUGAAGAAGUUUAGCCAAACUGGUGUUUCUAAGAUCACAAACUGUACGAUUAUACCCUCCCCCUUUAAAAAAAAAAAAAAAAAAAAUCCUUCCUGGUCAAGUUCAGGUAUCCAAAUCCUGCCAUUGUUUUUGUUUGAAUACUGACCAAGGAGUAUAAAGUGUUUCGUAGGUAUUGUACAACAGAAACUGGUAUGUAGCAUGUGGCAUGUAGCUUGUAUGCAGCUUUCAUAGUAAGAUAAUGUGUAGCUUUAAAUAAAAGUAUUCAUUUUACGUAGCAGCAUCAUAUUGUAGGUUUUGAACAUUACAACAGGUGAAUGUAGUAUGGAUAUCGUCAGAAAUCGUUACUUUGUUUCCGUUAAAGAAAGGUAUGAAAUAUGAACAUUACUAACAGGUUUUUUUUACUGGCUAAUACAGGGGAGUCUCAGUCACAUCAUAUACAGCUGUACACAAAUUUGACUCGACAUUUUGGGUGCAAGUUUUUUUUAAUCGAUCUAAAACAGGUGACCAAACAAGCUUUGGCCUUGUAGACUAACCUAACCAGAAUCACUUGAACAUAGUCUCUGGUCUCAGAUUGUCGGCUAGACACUACGGCACGGAUGGCAAAAGCUUUCGGAGAAGUUGGUCAAUUUCGAAAUGCGAUUGUGCGAAAGUCUUAAAAUGUCCAGUGCGAUACCAUUGUGAGUGCCGGUGUCCUUUUGUAUCAGAAGGUUUAACAUUAGAAAAGUAAAGGCCAGAGCAAGAAUGUCUAAUCGCAGCCAUAAUCUGGACGGCCUACCUCACCUCACUAGGGUAAUCAUGCUUUGAUGUCCGUCGUGCCUCUGCUGGACGGUGUCCAGAGGGACAGGGCUGGACACUUUGCCGUUUCUGUGCUGUUCCGGCAGUCCAGUUACUAAGGAGUCCAGCAGUGUCAGAGCCCGAGUCUGACACACCGGGAGCCAGACUGAGGAGAACUUAGAGAAAUGUUUCUCUUUUUUUCCCUUGACAAGUGGCAUUCAGAAAAUCCUCCGUUUAGCAACAGCUUCCAAAUUAUUUAAAAGAAAAAAAAAAAACACAAAAAAGUCAGUUCCAAAAUGCAGUAUUUCACUGCAAGUUUACAUAUUUCACCUCAAAGUAAAAAAAAAAAAAAAAUUAAAAAAAUGGAUGUGCUGAAGUUGCUUUUCAGUUCAUUUUUUUAUUCUAAUGUGUAUUUGUAUUUUGAGCCUGUCUGUGUUUAAAUCAGCUAUAUCUUAACUUAUUUGGAUUUUGUGUACUUCCAUGUGUAGGGAAGUAUUUGUAAACGAUUUUGGAAAUUACUGAAUGAUGUAUUACUGUACCAUCUUUGCACUACUUGUAUGCGAUGUUAACGAGUUCCUGCCUUAUGGUUUUGGGAGUUUCUGAUGGUUGAAGUUUGGGUCUUGGGUCUCUCCUAAUUAGUAAGCAGAGACAUUACAGGGGCAAGAGCAGGAAGACUUGCUCGUACCACUACCUUUGUGGGGACGGUUGGGUAAAGCCAGGAGGGGCUACUGUUCAGACAAAAACUAUUUGUUGUGCAUGUUCUUUCCUUCCAGAAAAUUCCGGGUGGUAGCAGCAAUUCUACUAGCUCUCUUUAUUUUGUACUUGUUUAUUUCCAUUUUAUAAAAGCCUGUAUUAUAGACCUCUACAAUAUAUUUUCUGCUAACAAAAUAAAUGAAUAACACUUC